AUGGCGUCUAAAACCAUAUCCAUCAUCGGAGGCUUGGAUUACGAUCUGAUCAUGAUCGCCAACCGCAUUCCCGCCGGAGGAGAAAGUCUGCUGGCCAACGAGUACCUUGAGGCGCUGGGUGGAAAGGGUGCCAAUUCCGCCAUUGCUACAUACAGAACGUGCCACAAACAGCCCAAGGAUACCCACGAAGCGGCGGAAACAGACAUGUUGGAGGGGACGGGCAAAGAGGAAACCGCCGCAGAACAUUUGGAAGGUGCCGCCGGCGCCAGUACCCAGACCCAUACCCUUACAUCGAGCGACGAGUUCAGAAUCAACGUGAAAAUGGUCGGCGCAGUCGGGGAUGACAAGUAUGGGGAAAGAUUCUACGCCGAACUGAACAAGAACGGCGUCGACUCGUCGGGCAUUAUCACGGUGCCCAACACUCAAUCGAGUAUCUGUUUUGUCAUGGUGGAAAAUUACACACGCGAGAAUCGGUGCCUGUUCACCCUUGGUGCAACGGCGACCUGGAAGAGAGAGCAUUUCCUGAAGGUCGAGGACCUGGGCCACGGCGUCCGGCCCGACCUCUGCAUUGCCCAGAUGGAGAUCCAUAAAGAGGUGGUGGAGCAGAUGCUGGAAACCGCAGGACGAGCCGGCAUCGACUUUGUCCUCAAUGCGGCGCCGGCCAAUCCCAUCACGAAGCGCACGUAUCAAUGGAUCACUCACCUGCUCGUGAACGAGUCUGAAGCUGCCAUCAUGUCAGGCCGUGACUUGGACGAGGUCAACCCAGAUUCCUGGCCCGUCAUCUGCCAGGAGUUCUUGAACCGAGGCGUCAAGAAUGUGGUCAUCACCCUCGGGGCCAAAGGAGCAUACUACGCCACCGCCGAGGAGCGCGGCCACUGUCCCGCGUACAAGGUCAAAGUGGUGGACACGACCGGUGCAGGAGAUACCUUCACAGGUGCCUACUCUUCCGACUAUCUACGGCAGAAGGAAGCUGGCCAGUGGGACAUCAAGCAGGCCGUCGUGCGCGCCAACAAAGCCGCUGCCAUUACCAUCACGAAGCUAGGCGCCCAGCUGGGUAUCCCUUGGUCUGACGAGAUUGAUCGUUUCCACGCCCCCUACAAUGAGCCAGAUAUGUCCACGCUCACAAUCUCUGACGAAGACGCCGACGUGCGGUGGGACACUCAGUGGCGGUGA